AUGUUACUACUACAAGUAGUGAAGUCAGAAGCAAGAUGGCCGCCUGCCAAUAGGCCUGAUGUUUCAGACGCGUGUCUCCGCUGCCAAGCCGAGAGCAAGCAGGACGCCCGCUACGGCCGCCAGGACUGCGUGGUGGUGUGGGGCGAGUGCAACCACUCCUUCCACUACUGCUGCAUGUCCUUGUGGGUGAAGCAGAACAAUCGUUGCCCGCUCUGCCAGCAGGAGUGGUCCAUCCAACGCAUGGGGAAGUAGGGGCGGAAGGAGUGCCACUCGCGGGGAGGAGAGGGUAUUGCUUUGUUAAACGAUGCUUUUGUAUGGUGAUAAACAAGGCAUUAUUUAUCAAUUCGUGUUGGAUUGUAAAAGAAUGAGAAAAUGGAAAAAUUGUAGACUGUAAUUGGAUAUCAUCAAUCAAUAAGAAGCCUUUUUAGUUAUUUAACUUUUUUUUUGCUUUCGUUUCUUUUGACAGUGUUUAAUAUUUCAAAAUAAUUUCAAAAUUAAUAAAUUCUGACUAUUAAAUGAAUGUCUUUGUGAAUGUAAAAUACGUGUAUUCAUAAUGAAUAUUGUAAUAGGUUAUAAAUGCCAAUAAAUUGUUUGCCUGUGGUAUAAAUUUAUUUUGUUA